AUGAAUAAAUUUACUUUGAGAUUUCCUUUUGAAUUGGAACAAAAAUAUGAGGAUGCCACAAGAGAUUCUUCGUUGUCACAUUUUAAAUCAUAUCACCCAUUCCUCAUAAUGAUCAAUCUAGGUGUGGCCAUUAUCCAAUUGCAACAGGGAUAACUGACAAAUGGAAUAUUGUUAUCAAUAAGCACCAUAAUUCUCAUAAUACAAUUUCCCAUAGUGUGUAGGAUGAAGCAGAACAAGAAUAUUUGCAGUGUGUUUGUUUUUAACAACAUCAUAAUGACUGUAGUUUAGUUGUUUGUUGAUAAGAACACGAGCAAUUAUAACAAUCUGUACGUUGCUGGAUGUGUAAUUACAAUGGUCAACAUAACCUUAUUGGAACAUUAUGAUUUCAUUUGGAAUGUCAUUUCACUCACAAUUGUAAUCACAAUACGGUUGAUAUACGUGAUAUUUUAUUUUAAAUUUGAUGGCAUAGCUAUCAUUUAUACGGUUGUCUCAUGUUAUUUAUACAUUAUGAUGUAUCGCAAAGCCUACGUGAGGAGAGCACUCUUUUUGUAAUAUGAAAAUGAGAAGGAAAUUAGAAAUAUUUUAGACGAAAUAAUAAAGGAUGUCUACAUACAUUUUAAAUUUGACUAAGAUUCAUUUCAAUUUGAAUUGAAGUAUGCAAAUAAAUUAGCCCAACAAAGGAUUGGCAUUCUGGGCAAUUAAGACUUAAAGGAUUUCCUCCAUCAUUAUUCUAUCUAUGAUUCUAAACAAUAAUAGCAAUUUGAAAAUCAGAAUAAACCUCGAAAUGCUAAUUUGUAACAUAGUGCAGCUAUGGAUUGCGUGAAUGUGGGACAAUACCUGUAUGAGAUGAUGGUGGCUCUCAAGAAGAAUUCAUCACAAUUAGAAAUGGUAGUGAAGGAUAAUUCAACACAUCAGAUAUAUAAUGUUCGUUGUUUCUAAUAUAGUGUAAUUGACAAAGAAAUUAUUAUGCUAAUGGAACAGAAAUCCAGGAUUUUGGAGGAAGACAAACAAUUGAAAUUGAAGGAUCAAGAAAUCAAGUUACUUACUAAACAAUUAAUUAAAAUAAACACAAGAACAAAAAAACAAUUAAGUUAAUUAUGUUCUAUACUGGAAAAUUCUGAGUCCAAUCCAUACUUCAAGAUUAAUGAAAGCACUGUCAAUGCCCAAAUCAUCUCGAACACUAAAAUUCAAAUGAUAUUAGAUGCCUUCCAAAUCUAUUAUUAUAGGAGAGAGUAAGAAUAGCUAUUAGACAUAUUCCCAAUUAAUCAAAUUGUUUAUAAAUGCUUAACCAUUAUGAAUAUCAUAGCUGAAGUUGAAGAUAAACAAAUCACUUAUGAGUCAGAAUUAACUGAAUCAGAUAUUAUUACUUCCAUUUCCCAUAUCUUUUACUUUAUUCUAUAGAAUCUCUUAUACUUGUUUCUUGUUUAGUAGAACCAUAAAAGCAUCAAAUUUACCUUGAGAAAUAUUGAUAAGGAAAAAGUGGUGAUGUUCAAUUUCUACAUUGAUGGACUUCUAUCUUUGGAGUUCUUAAAAUAGAACUCAUUCAUUAUGUCCAUGGUUUAUAAAGGAUUACAAAUUAUAGGACCCAAGUCUGAAAUUAUUUCAACAUCUGACAUUAUUAACAACACUCAAAAUCCGUACUUAAUUUAAGUCAAAAUUUAUAAGAAUCUUCACAGUAUUAUCAAAUAACAAUAAUGA